CAAAGCGCUGUGACGAGAGAGGUAACUUAGGCAAAGUAAAAAUAGACUUCAGUGUAGCACACCUCACUGACUAAACACUGUAAUGUCCCGUAGCCAGAGAGCAAUCGUGUCAGACAGACAAAACGUGUAGUUCAAGACGACUGGAAUAUGACAGACUACCAUGUGGUAGGUUUGGUGCUGUUAUCUCUGGCCUUGUUGAUCUCUUUGUGUCUCAAUGUCAUCUUCUGUAUCAGACAAGCAGCCACUUUAUGCAGAGACACAGAAGAGUGCUGCUUCACUAACAUUUCUGGAGAAAGCCUGUCACAGAAUGAUGGGCAUUAUUUGAAUAGCCUAAAUCGUGACGAGCAGCAGGAAAGUCCCCACAAUCAUCAUGAGCAACAGGAAAAUCCAAUCUACGGCAACAUCAGCUCAGACAGAAGAGAUUCUGUGGAGCUUUGCUAUGAGACGAUGACCAUGAACACAAGAGAUCCCAGGAAGUCUCUAGAGCCUGACCUGAAUUAUGCCUCGUUGGAUCUAAAGAUAGCAAGGAAACGCCUGAAGAAGAAUCGCCAUGCUAAAGGAAGAAACAAACUUCAAGAUGACCUGCCGGUCCACCUCACACCCCCGACGAAUGCUUUCAUGGAGGCGGAGGCAGACAUGGACGCUUACCUUCCUCCCAGAGACAGCAGUACCAUGGUUUCACACAGUAGCAUCUACCUGAACAGUCAACAGAUCGCCCAAGAGACAGAGGAGAUGGAAAGAGAAAAGGCCAUGAACACAGAGAGGAAGAAUAGGGGUUGGGAGGGAAUAAGAACGAGGGAAGAAGGGCGAAGUGGAGAGUGGAAAGGAGAGCAAGACACUGAAGAAAGAAUAGAUAGCAAAGAUGGUAGUAAUGGGAGUGUAUUCACACAGCUUUUGGAAUUAGAGGCUAUUCAGAACGGCUCAGAUCAUUUCAUCAGCAGCUUCAUCCACGAACGUGACCAGCAAGAUUAGGCAAGACCUCGUACUACGACUCUUGUUUCAAACUUUUCCGAACUGAAUAAGCCACCUGAAAAGGCAAAUAAAAGCGCUGUCCAUGACUUCUGAAAUAUAUCUUUCAAUAAUCAACGAGCUUUGCGCAAUUUCCUCUUUGACGCAAACAAACUACUCAUCAAAGACUCUCCAGAUUGAGCAACUGAGG